AUGGCGCACAGCUGCGCCAUCCCCGUGCGGGUAAGAUGGAGCCCAAGUGCCGUGGGCAGCAACGGCUUGUACCGGAGCUCCUUGGAAGCGCCUGAAGCCUUCCAGGCGGAAUACGAGGCUUCGAGCAAUCGAGUGCUGUCCAUCUUGCAGAGCUUUGAGCUGCAAGAGUUCGAACUCCAGUUGGAUGAUGCCAAUGCGCUGCACUACGCGGCUGGCUGUGGAUGCUUGGACUUGUGCGAGGCCUUACUGCGGCAACAUCCGCAGCUGAACUUCCAGGAGGAUCAGUACGGACAUACGCCCUUGCUAUGGGCUGUGCGGCAUGGCAUGGCUGGAGCGAUGCAACUGUUGUUGAGGCAUGGUGCUUUGGCCUGGCAUUCAGACCAACGAGGCCUUACGGCGCUUCACUGGUGCUGUGCCUUGGAUCUUCCCAGGCUCUGCAGACUUCUCCUGGCGGUGCCGCUCUAUGUUGAGACCAUGAUUGAUCAGCGCUGCCGUCGGGGAUGGACACCCUUGCACUCUGGAGCCUAUAGUGGUGCGGCCAGCUGCUGCGAACAGUUGGUGGCGGCCAACGCGCAGCUGGCGCUGCGGACGCCAGACGAGUGGACAGCGUUGCACCUGGCAGCCUUGAAGGGACAUGCGGAGGUCUUGAACAUCUUGGCACCUCAUUGUUCCACAGAGGUCAUGCUGGCCUUGGAUAGCAAAGGCUUCAGUGCCCUGGAUUUGACCAAGGACUCAGGGCAUGCGGCGGCCGUGGAGGUUCUACGACAGCCCGAGGAGACGCAUCGCCACUUGGUGCGCGCUUGGUACAAGUGCCUGUCACGGGGGCCCGAGGUGGACUUUCACGACCUCAUGGAAGCUGCACUUCUUAUCAAGGCACCCAUCAUGGAAAAAGUGGGCAAGGACGCCUUGGAGCUUUGCUGCCAUGUCAGGGAGAUCGCAGUGGGAGGUUUUCAUUUUCUAGCGCUCUUCAGCACUGGAGACCUUUAUGGCUGGGGUAGCAAUCAAUUUGGACAGCUGGGAGAUGGGACACGUGAGGAGCGUCAUCAGCCAGUGUUCAUCCUCAAGGAGGUUGCUACUGUAUGCGCAGGCUGGUACCACAGCCUGGCCACCUUGCAAACAGGUGAGACCUUAGCCUGGGGCCGCAACAACUGUGGACAACUGGGUGAUGGCACCAAGACGGAUCGAAUGAGGCCGGUCACUGUGAAGCCGCCCAUCAGCCUCAUGAGUCUGGGAGGGAAACAGCUCAACGCCGAGACACUGGCGGCGGGGCAGGACCACAGCCUGGCGAUCGUGAGGCCCCCAGGGCUCGAGAGGACCUUGCUUUUUGGAUGGGGUGCGAAUGUGGCGAAGCCGGUGACUGAGGAGGAACGCUUUAGCAAUGUCUCUCCAGACUUGCUGAGUCCCCAGGCAUUGUUGAGUGAUGUGAAGCAAGUGGCUGCAGGGCGGAGCCAUUCCAUGGCUUUGUUGAGCUCUGGUGAGUUGUUGUCCUGGGGUCGGAACAGCCAUGGACAGCUGGGAGACUGCUCUGACCGCAACAAGACGGAACCCACCAAAGUCUUGAAUUAUGUCCGGCAAGUCGUGGCUGGAAUGGAUUUCACCCUGGCACUGUUGGAGAGUGGUAUGGUUAUGGCCUUUGGUUACAAUGCUGGCGGACGGCUGGGCACCGGCAGCACCCGACACCAACAAGUCCCAGUGCCGAUUUUAGAAGGCGUGAGGUCCGUUGCGACCGGUCACGACCAUGCUUUUGCCAUCCUGGAGAACGGCCAAUGUUUGGGCUGGGGAGUCAAUCAGCACGGUUGCAUCCGUGUAGGCGGCGAUCCCGAAAUCCAUACGCCCAUUGUCAUCGAGGGCUUUCCGGCCGGCACCAAGGAAAUACGCGCAGGGAACAGCACCACCCUGGCCAUUGGAGAGGAUGGCCACUAUUCCUUCUGGGGCCGCAACUUCCAGCGACAGGUCUCUUGUUUGCAGGAUCUCGGCCUGGAAGUGGGGCUGAAUUGGCGCCCCUCAGAUCCGGUGCGAGGUGAAGUGGCCUCGGCCAUUGCGGAUCCCAGCAGUUACGACCUCAAGGAAUUGUUGGCCUCUUUGAGAGAAGGUGCCGGAUCUGCCGGUGAAGUAGGUCCCUUGGAGGAGGAAAAGGUGAAGCAGCAGAAGGAAGCAGAAGUCCUUUUGGAUCCCAGUCUAGUUCAGAAAUAUCGUCGGCCAGAAAAGCAUGCCACAGAAGAGAAGGUUGCAACACCUGUGGUGCAAGAAGAAGCCGAAGAAGUGCAUCGACACUUCCAAAACUUAGCUGAGGCUGAUGAGGCCUUCAAUCAUUGGAUGCACUCGGCCGGUGAAAAGUACGGCCGAGGUGUCCACAAGCGUGUGCAUGCGAAGGCCAAGACCCUUGGAAGGGCGUAUGCCUUGGUUUGGCAGGCUUAUCGGCAAAAGCUGGUGAAAGAGGAGAACCGCAGCGAUGACAUUGACAAGGAUGAUGAAGCCUUGAUGGUCUUUCAUGCCAAGCUCUACAAGGAUGUGCAUUCCUUCAUCACCGCGGAUCGCAUCCCCGGAGGUGCCGAGCAGUUCGGCUGGCCGCCGGAGUCCAUCAGCAUCCACACGGGCACCAUGGCUGUCCAGGCUGCGCUGCUGGAGGCCUCCAGAACGGAGACCAGCGAUCAUAACCAGGAGCUCUUCCGGGGGCCUCCGCCGGUCUUGAACGCGAUGCUCGCAAAGCUGGCUGGGGAGGAAGAUCUCAACAUCCUCCAUGGAGUCUUGGCGCUAAGAUCCCAACGAAAAGUCUUUAGACUUCGGGGUCCUCCGAGGCCCCGAGCACUCGGAGUCCCUCCGGUGGCCGCCCGAGAAACCCCGGCUCCACCGGAGCCGCUCGAGCGGAUCCGGACGGGCAAAGACCUGAUCCGGGCGUCCACCUCGCGGAAGCAAGGGCGGACAGACGUGGAGUGUUGCAAAGGGGACCUGGGCCCCGCCGUGGGCUGUGGAGGAUUCGAAGAACAGAUCAGGUUUCGUAUUGCGGGCUACGUGGUCGAGGUGAAAGACUGCCGCGGGCCUUCUGGCGCUGCCCCUGCCCGUGUUUAUUACGCACGAUCCAGUGAGCAGCGGAAGGUGGAUGAUGUUGAGUUCCUAGUGCCACGGCUUCGCAGCACUGGCCAGGCCAUUUGGCGGCGAGGUGGCAGGUAUCAAUUUCGUCUACGCGGAUGCUGCGAUCGAUCGUCGGCUCCAGACCCAUAUUCACUUCGACAGGUGAUCUCUGAGUGGUCGGAGGCCACGAGUCUCACCGGACAACGUCCCCGACUGCGGCGCUUCAAGAGCGCUCCGAGCCUUUGA